GGUGUCAGUCCUAGCCCGGCAGCUCGGCGGCGGUGGGAGCGAGAGGAGGCGGCGGCGCGGCAGCGUCUGUGCUUAUGAAAGAAGACAAUGACAACUGACGAGGCCACAAAGAAUGAAGGAGAGGUCCAGACAGCAGCUCUUGCUGAACAAGGAGAGGACAUCACACCCAAUCAAGAUCGAGGGGUUCUGAAGAUUGUGAAGAGGCCAGGUCAUGAGGACAAGUCCCCUAUGAUUGGAGACAAGGUUUACGUCCACUAUAAAGGAAAGCUGGCCAAUGGAAAAAAAUUUGAUUCCAGCCGUGAUAGGAACGAGCCAUUUAUUUUCAGUUUGGGAAAAGGCCAGGUAAUCAAGGCAUGGGACAUUGGGGUUGCCACCAUGAAGAAAGGGGAGAUCUGCCACUUGCUGUGUAAACCAGAAUAUGCGUAUGGCUCUGCCGGCAGCGUCCCAAAAAUCCCUUCCAAUGCAACUCUCUCUUUCGAGAUCGAGCUUCUUGAUUUCAAAGGGGAGGAUUUAUUUGAGGAUGGAGGAAUCAUCCGGAGAAUCAAACGGAAAGGGGAAGGAUACUCCAACCCAAACGAAGGAGCCACCGUAGAAAUCCACCUGGAAGGAUUUUAUGGUGGCAGAAUAUUUGACUGCAGAGAUGUGACGUUCGUUGUCGGAGAAGGGGAAGACCAUGACAUUCCAAUUGGAAUUGACAAAGCUCUAGAAAAAAUGCAGAGAGAAGAAUACUGUAUCUUGUACCUUGGACCACGAUAUGGGUUUGGCGAGGCAGGGAAGCCGAAAUUUGGCAUCGAGGCAAAUGCUGAGCUUGUGUAUGAAGUUACACUUAAAAGCUUUGAAAAGGCCAAAGAAUCCUGGGAGAUGGACACCAAAGAGAAACUUGAGCAGGCUGCCAUUGUCAAAGAGAAAGGGACAGUGUAUUUCAAGGAAGGCAAGUACAUGCAGGCAGUGAUUCAGUAUGGGAAGAUCGUGUCCUGGUUAGAGAUGGAGUACGGCUUAUCAGAAAGGGAAUCUAAAGAAGCUGAAUCCUUCUUGCUGGCAGCCUUCCUCAACUUGGCCAUGUGCUACCUGAAGCUGCGAGAGUACAUCAAAGCUGUUGAGUGUUGCGAUAAGGCAUUAGGACUGGAUCAAGUCAACGAGAAGGGGUUGUAUAGGAGAGGUGAAGCCAGACUACUAAUGAAUGAAUUUGAAUUGGCGAAAUGUGACUUUCAAAAAGUACUGGAAGUAAACCCGCAGAACAAAGCUGCCAAGUCCCAGAUCACAGUCUGCCAGAAGAAGAUGAAGGAGCACAAUGAGCGUGACCGGAGGAUAUAUGCCAACAUGUUCGAGAAGUUUGCAGAGAGAGAUGCAAAGGAGGCCAGCAAAGCCGUGGGAGAGAGCGAGGCGGAGAAAGAACCAUGUGAAAAGGGGCUAAAAACUCCAGUGGCUGAAGGCAAAGUCUGAGGGGCACAUCCGACGGAAGAGAAGGUGGAAAGUUGAUUCUUAUGAACUUGGCCUGCGCCAAAACAGGUUUCUGCGGAACUCAGGACUCCACAGUGUUUAUUGUAAAGCUUGUUACAGUUUGUGUGAUCGUGGAAGCAAAAUGCCUAACCAGCAGCUUCACAAACAAAAAUGUUUAAACAGCCCUUCUGCUGUGAGCAUGCUCAGCAGUGGAGCAGAAGCAAAGGGACGGUGGGACCACUCCAAGUGGAACAAAUGGUCUUUAAAAAGAAAGGGGGAACGACAAAAAAGCAACAACAAAGCAACAAAACUUGGCACUAAGGGGGUUAACUGAGGCGGCUCAAGUCCUGCUUAUUUCAGUUCAUGUCAACUUUCCGUACAGUGUCCAGGGUCCUCUGAAGCGAGUUAGAAUGUAGGAGCUAUCAGUUGUACAAUUCAGUAUUGCAUUUGGUUGUACUGUCAUAGCACGACACGGGCCUAUGUUGUUGUUCUUUAAAAAAAAAAAAAAUUGACCCAAGUGCUACCGAUUCAAGAUAUCGCGCUGUACCUACUAGAACAAAGUGCAAAGCAAUGUGCCAUGGUUUGUGUACCGCAGUGUUAUGGACUUGAAAGCCAGAAGCAGAGAGGUUACCUUCUCAUGUAAUUUCUUUCUUCUCUCUCACUCCAGUAUAGACUUCAAAUGGGUUUCUGUAGCACAAGGGACGGAACAAUCUAGCUCUUAUGGUUACAUUCAGCGGUGAUGAGCUCUUGGGGGUUGGGUUUCUGUCUGGAGGUUCCUUGGAUGCGUUUCUGGGGAUGUUACAAUGUGAUGACAGUAACCAGCAUUAAAGUACUGCAUUUCAUCACGACUUUCCCAUUUCCUUUUCGGAAACUGUUACAACGGCUCCCACAAGUGCUGCUUCAGUUA